AUGAAGGACUCCCUACCCACGAUCAAUACCAAUUUCGAAUACCAUAGUAUGGAUAACGAGAAAGGAGAGAGAAUGUUGACCGGACCACCUGCACGAAGAGCUAGACCUCUAGCUUUUGGAGCUCUAACGGUUGCUCUGUUGUAUUUCUUAUGGACUGCAAAUGUCCAUCAGUUAUUCAUGGGCUGCGGCAUGCAACCGCAACCUGCCGGAACGAACCAUGCGAAGGAUAUUGUAUCUACAUCUGAUCACAAACCUAUACCGUUGGAAGCGCAUAUCAUGUCUAAAUGUCCCGAUGCGCAGGACUGUUUAAAAAUGAUGGUAUUGCCAGCUAUGCAGAGAGUAUAUGACAAAGUAAACUUCACGCUCUCAUUUAUUGGCGCACCUACAGACAAUGACGGAGUUGCCUGUAAACAUGGCCCACAAGAAUGCAUGGGUAAUAUUCUCGAAUUAUGUUCUGCGACGCUAUAUCCCGACCCGAAAAUCUACCUUGGGUUUACGAUGUGUUUAACCAGAGACUAUAAGGACAUACCAGAUAGAAGUCUAGUGGAGGAUUGCGCAUUAGAGCAUGGAAUGGAUUUCGAAAAACUCAAUGCGUGUACUGUGCAGGAUGACGGAGGGUAUGGAAUGGGAAUGUUAAGGGAUAGUGUCAGAAGGAGUACCGAGGCUGGUGUUAUAAAAUCUUGCACUGUCAGACUCAACGAAGAAAUAUUUUGUGUACGCGAUGGCAGGAAGUGGACGGAUUGCCCAGGAGGGUCGGAAGUAAACGAUCUUAUUCUUGCCGUAGAGAAGCUGUACCACCAGUCUUGA